AUGCCCCUCACGCAACAGCGUUCCUCUGGAGAGCCACCCCGCUUGAAAGCUACACCGAAGGACGAACUCCACGAUCUCCUCUGUGUGGGCUUUGGACCGGCUUCUUUGGCUAUUGCAAUUGCUCUUCACGAUGCCUUGGAUCCGUGCCUGAACAAGACCCCCAAUUCCAACUGGCAGCCCAAGGUCUGCUUCCUGGAGCGACAGAAACAAUUCGCGUGGCACUCGGGCAUGCUGGUUCCCGGUUCAAAGAUGCAGAUUUCCUUUAUCAAGGAUCUGGCUACCAUGCGGGAUCCCCGCAGCAGCUUUACUUUCCUCAACUAUCUUCACCAGAAAGACCGUCUGAUUCACUUCACCAACUUGAGCACCUUCCUCCCGGCUCGGAUGGAGUUUGAAGAUUAUAUGCGGUGGUGUGCACAAAGAUUCGCACAUGUGGUGAGCUACGGUGAAGAAGUUAUCGAAGUGAUUCCCGGGAAGACAAACCCGAGUAGCACGCUCGUAGACUUCUUCACGGUCAAAUCUCGGAACGUAGAGACGGGAGAGAUCUCUGCCAGGAUGGCACGCAAAGUUGUCGUUGCCCUUGGUGGUACUGCGAAGCUGCCCAAGGAGCUACCCCAAGACCCAAGGAUUAUGCAUUCGUCCAAGUACUGUACUACUUUACCUGCCAUGUUAAAGGACAGCCGAGAGGCCUACAACAUUGCUGUACUUGGCAGCGGUCAAAGUGCCGCAGAAAUCUUCCAUGACCUCCAAAAACGCUACCCGAACUCGAAGACGACGCUGAUUAUGCGAGACACUGCUAUGCGACCCAGUGAUGAUUCGCCAUUCCUUUCCUCUGCCGAACGCCAGCGCUCCCUCACUGCUGACAAGGCAACCAACUAUAGCGUCGUCCGACUUGAGUUGAUUGAGCAGAUCUUCAAUGACAUGUACCUACAGAGGGUACAAAACCCCGAUGAGACACAAUGGCAGCAUCGCAUCCUCCCUGGCCGCAAGAUUACCCGAGUUGAGCAUUACGGACCGCAUAGGCGGAUGCGGCUUCAUGUCCGGGCUGUGAAAGACGAGAAGGACAGCCUUGUUGGCAACGGCAAGGAAACAUUGGAGGUGGACGCACUUAUGGUGGCUACAGGCUACAACCGCAAUGCGCACGAGCAACUACUGAAGAACGUACAGCACCUGCGCCCCGCCGGCCAGGAGAACUGGACCCCCAACAGGGAAUACCGUGUUGAGCUGGACCCAAGCAAGGUUAACGCGCAGGCUGGAAUCUGGUUACAAGGUUGCAACGAGCAAACGCAUGGGCUGAGUGACAGUCUCUUGUCCAUCUUAGCGUCACGCAGUGGUGAAAUGGUGAACUCGAUUUUUGGAGGCGAGUUUGCGGGAACGACGGUGCCGGACACCACUCACAUCCGCGCUAUGCUCUAA